AUGCCUGACGGCACGUUCGUCGAAAAGAAGGGCAGCCCAGCACCCUCCCGCGAGGCCAACCACAGCCCCGUUAUCGACGAUGACUGGGGAGAGAUGACCUCGGAGGCGAUCAUGGAGCGAUGCUCGCACCAUGCCCCGCGCAACGCGUUCGUCCGGAACCCGCUCCUCAGACGCGCGUAUCUGCUGCUGUUUGUGCUGUGCACGCUGCUCGUCCUCGUCCCCCUCUGGACGCUGCUGUACCUCCCGCGUGCCAACCGGCCACGGAGGUCGUGGACACUCAAGAGAUGUCUCCGUGUGCGCUGGAGCCGGCGGCUUUGCGCUGUCGUCGCGCGGUGCGAGAUUGACUACCUCGGCAGGGACCUGUCUGUUGACCUUGACCCACAGACGCUCGAGUGGUCCCAUCCGGUGACUCUGCAGCCGGCGCCAGCGCACUGGCUGCGCGGCCACCCGGCCGCCAUGCUCGAGAAGCUGCACCAGUCGCGCGGCAACUGGGUGCCGCACUUUGUACACCGGUACCGCGCUGCCAAGGCCGGUGUCUGGGGGCGCUGGAACCCGCCGGCUCACGCACCACCAGCCACGCCGUACAACUUCGCGCCGGUCCCGGCGUUCUGGUACACGGGGCGCAAGGUGACGCCCACGUCACGCCCACGGGCCCGGCACCCAGGCGACCCGGUGCUCCUCCUGUUCCAUGGUGGUGGCUACGUGCUUGGCACUGCGGCUGAGAGCGACUUGACGAGCUCGAUUGCAAAAGCGGCGGUGCAGCACACACCCGUGCGGCACAUUCUGUCGGUCGACUACCGGCUGGCCGGGGCCGGGCCGUGGCCUCUGCCGCUGCUGGACGCGAUCAGCGCCUACCACCACAUUGUCAAGGUUGAUGGUGUGGACGAGUGCGAUCUGCUACUCGGCGGUGACAGUGCCGGCGCGCACUUGGCCCUGGCGUUGGCUCGCUACCUCCGCGACGAGGGCCGCGCACUCGGACUCAACGGCCCGCGGGGCAUCAUUGCGCUCAGCCCGUGGUCCGACAUUGGUUUCACGCACUCAUGGGGCGAGGACGCGUUCGCGCGCAACGCCGAGAGCGACACGAUCGACAACAGCUUGGGCCCGUUCGCCGUAUCGCUCCUCCUCCGCGCACUCCCAGCCAGCCUGAUGCACACCAACACGUACCUGUCGCCGUCGUCGCAGCUCAUACCGCCGGCGUCGACAGGCCCAAACAGCUUUGAAAACUUCCCACCAGUGUUCAUUGUCUGCGGUGGCGCCGAGCGCCUCGAGAACGAAAUCCACGAGCUCUUCCACCGUAUCCUCCUGGCGCGCAACAAGCCGCUCAGGGGCGUCGGCGACGAGCUCGUCGUGCGCCCAGACGCAGUGCACGACUUUAUGAUCUUCCCGCACUUUGCCGACGAGGCGGCGGUCGUGUUCGAGCACAUGGACGACUGGCUGCGGCAGCUGCUGCUGUCCGACUCCGAGUCGGACGGGGAGGCCGAGGCCGCCGGCGCGCUGGCCGAGGAAGUCUUCGCCAAGUCGCCCGAGCUGUUCGCCACCUCGCCCAAGCUGCAGGCUGCGCUCGCGCGCAGAGAGUCGCACCGCGCGAGCCGCGCCGCGCGCGCGUCGCUCCUCGUCGGCAAGAGCCCUCGCCUCAGGCCGUACCGCGACACCCCGCGCCUCAUGUACGGCGACAUGCAGGCCGAGGGUCUGCACCUCAUCGACAUCCCCCCGCUCGACCUCGACGCGCUCCACCUCCCCCAGUCGGCCGCCGAGAUCUUCACCCCCUUCACGAGCCAGAUGGAGAAGGGCGAGUGGGACUUUGGCGAGGCCGACGAGGGGUGGUAUGAGGGUGGGGGCAGCGGCGACGACGAGGAGGAGGUGGAAGAGGAGGAGGAGGUGACGCCGCCUCCGCUUGCGUUGCCGCCCCCAGCCAAGAUCCAGCCCAGGCGGCGCCGGUGA